AUGGUGGCGACCAUAGCUCGGCCAUCAGGCUUGCAGCGCUCGGUUGCGGAUGCCCUCGCCGCCGUCCGCUCCGGCUUCGAGGAGGAGCAUCUCGAGCUGCGCACCGGCUACUCGCUCGACCUGGCGCUGCCCUCGUCACGCGUCGCGGUCGAGGUGGACGGCCCCUCUCACUUCCUGCUGCCCGACGGCCGGGGCGUGCGCAGACCCAACGGGCCAACGCUGCUCAAGCGGCGCCUCCUCGCGGCGGCUGACUGGAGGGUGAUCAGCGUUCCAUUCUACGAGUGGAACGGCUUCGCGACAGCCAAUGAGAGGCAGACCUACCUGCGGGGGCGGGUUUGCUGCUGA